AUGCAUUUUCAUUGUCACAGACUUGUACACAGUGAGAAACAGAAGAAACAUAUCAGCGUUUGGGAACAAUUAAUACGUUUACAAACGUUCGAUCGAAUUCAUCGAAAAAAUUUGAUCAUUCAUCUGGAACGAAUUAUAUGUAAACAGACUAGAUUAAGAUCCAUUUGUCUGGAAGGUUUAUCAUUAACGCCAGACGAAGGUGUACGAUUACUAUUGGCAUUGCACAAUUCCCGUAAAACGAUAAAACACGUAUAUUGUUGGCGCGCGUUCGAAAAAAUGGUAGACCUCACGGUGGAUUCUGUUCAUCACUUCAAAUCAGGAUUUCAUACGAGUAAAAAAAUCAAAAAAAGCGACUGGUUUCGCGCAAUCGGUUGUUUGGAAUUUCUCACCACUUUAUCAAUAAAUUACGCAUACAUAGCGACACCCACAGGAGACUUACUCGUCUGUUUGGCCAAAAAACUUAGAACAAAUUGGCAUUGGUUACAACUAUUAUGUUUAGAAGAAGAAAUUUUACAAAGAACUGAGGAUGGAGGUUAUGUUGAAAAGGUUGUGAUACCAGACAGAGCUUGGAAAGCAGCACAUUUUUGGGCACCACUACUGAAAGUACAAUAUGCUAUUAUAGGAAUACCAGAGUACGAUAUUCACAAAAAAUUUUUUACAAAACACACUCCAAUUCAUACUUUUGCACUAUCGACGAGUAUCGAUUUGAGAUUUCGACAACCAUGGUAUAUCGAUUGUACAAUUAAAACACUUUGUACAUGGUAUGCAGAUAGUUUAGUAUAUCUAUGUCUACAAUUAUGGCAUAAUCGACAGAAUUUGGACACUCAAUUAAGACGACUAUUUCUUUAUUUACCAUCGCUCAGAGUUUUCGAAUUUAUUGGUGAAAUUCGAACAUUGAGAACACUUUGUGCAAUGUGCUGUCAAAUACGAUCUUGUCGUUGCAACGUUUAUCACGUUAAUAUGCAACUUCAAGAUGUUAUACAUAAUGGUUUUGAAAAAGAAAAAUGGAUAAAAAGCAUAAGAUGUAUGAUGAUUUGUUUUAAACACGAUUUUGAUAAAAUGGGAGUUAAAUUCAACAUUGAUUUUUAUUGUUGUUGAUUAAUAUUCGUGUAUU